AUGGGUUUUCGAGGCAUUGGCUUUCUGCUCCAUUGUUACCUGGUGUUGGCAGCAGCCAUGUAUUUUGAUCUUGGAGAGCAGGAGGAAAAAUGCAUCAUUGAGGAGAUUCCUGAAGACACGCUGGUGACUGGUUAUUUCUUGUUGGAGCCUUGGGAUUUAGCGGUGACCAGCCACUCCCCUCACUUUGGUGUUACUGUGACAAUCAGAGAUCCAAACCAUGAGGUCCUGAUGACCAAACGUUUCGGUAAAUUUGGUAAAUUCACAUUUUCAGGUCAUGACUCGGGUCAGCACUACCUUUGCUUCCAAACCAACUCAACAAGGUUUUCUGUCUUUUCUGGAGAAAGGCUGAAGCUACAUUUGGACGUUCAGAUGGGAGAGCACUCGAUUGACCCUAGUCAUAAAAUCGCCAAAGACGACAUGGAGACACUACAGAACAGCCUCAUGCACCUCAUAGAUCAGAUGAUGUAUAUCGCCAGACAACAGGAGUACCAGAGGGAGAAAGAGGAAGUGUUUCGGCAGAUCGGCGAGGACGCCAACGGUAAAGUCUUGUGGUGGGCUGUGGUGCAGACCUCUAUCCUGUUGUUUGUCGGUUUUUGGCAGAUGAAACGACUCAAGGACUUCUUCAUUGCCAAGAAGCUUGUCUGA